GAGAUAGAGCAUUAGGGAAGAACUAAUAUCCCAACUGUCCAACUCUUCACUGAGGAGGGCAAUGCGCCGCUCUCAGGCAAUGACCUCGCCUUUGCGUGCCACCGCACGCAGUUGAGUACACAAUGACGCAUCUAUAACCUUUAUCCAUACAGUUUCUAGCCGGCGACCUUGCGUGUGGCGGGAGCGUCAAGCCCGCUGUGCCUCUGCACACGAAGCGGGGCACUUGUGCCCCUGCAACUGAUGCUUCCUUACAUACAAAAUCGCUCCUGACAUUCUUAACGUCGAGCGCGGUUGAAGCUACGCGAUCACGAUGGAACCAGUGCCCGACUUCGCCGACCUGCUGCAGCAGCUGAACAUCAGCACGCCGAUCCGUGUACAGUCGCUCCGCGCUCAUCAGGAAGAAAUAGAGAGAGCUGUAGAGAGAGAGCGGGAGAGAGCAGGAUGGGUGCUACCCAGCGGAGGUCGCGCCGAAGCGCCAUCUUCGCACCGCGUCGUUGCUGGCCCGGCCUUCCGCUCUGGUCUGCGUACACAUUAGCUCCGCAACACUCGUCAUUCGCUGGUUUGCCACGGCGGCUAUGCCGACAGCAUCGUGUGCAGCGGCCACGUGGACGGCGAGGAGGCGGUCCUCAAGCUGUUGGGCCCGGAGAGGCACGUCGUUGCGGCGUAUGAGGCGGAGAUGAGCGCCUACGCGGCUCUGGCGGCGUGGCAGGGGCACGUGCUGCCACGGCUGCUGGCUGCGGGCACCACGCGCACGCUGGUCCCGCUGGGGGAGGACCCGGACACCUGGGUGCCGCCGCCGCCGCCGGACCAGGUGUUCUUCAUUGCCACCGCCCGCGUGCCCGGCCUGACGCUGCGCGAGUUGUUGACACAGCGGGGGUGCAUCGAGCCGGCGGUGGCGCGGGCGGCCGUGCGCGCGCUGCAGACGCUGCAUGCGGUGGAGAUACCCACGGCGGCCGCUGUUGGUGCAGAUGCUGGUGGCGGCGGCGGCGGCGGGCGCUUCCUUCACGGCGACGUGAAGCUCAGCAACAUCAUGUUGCUGCUACCGCCCGCCGCCGCGGAACAGCCGCCCGAGGUAGAGCCCGCGACCAUGGCGGCGGCGGCGGCCGGAGCAGAGCCCGCCGAUGCGGGUGGCGCAUCGGACAUGGCGCAUGAUGGCAGUGGCGGUGGCGCGGCUAGCUCCAUCGGGAUGCAGCCGGCGGCGGCGGCGGCGGGUAUGGCCGAGGGCGCGGUGGAGGAGGAGGUGCGGUGCGUUGUGAUUGACCUGGGGCUGUCGCGGCUGGACGCCACCGCGGAGGAGCAGCGGGCAGAGCUGCACGAGCUGGAGCAGCUGCUGCGUGAGGCAGCAGGGCCGGCAUAGCGGCACAUGCCCACACGCACACAUGCGCAGCAGGUGUGGCGGCGGUGGUGGUAGCGGUGGCAGUGUGUGGUGCUGCCGGCGCGGUGCGGUGCUUCACGCCGUGGCACGGCAGGCGGCGUCAAACCCACUGGCAAGUGCGCAUCACCCACUCAACAGAAAGAGCUCCUGUGGGGCCUGGCUGUUGCUGCUGUGGUUUCGUGUGACUGAGAUGGUGUAGUGUACGGCGGUGGGCAGGUUGGGAUAUGAUAUAAGAGCAGGAGUUGGUGUACAGGGGCUUGCAUACCGUAUUUAAGUAGGAUGCAGCCAUACAUGCGGGACGGACGCAGGAACGUGUGCGACACACUGAGGCUCAAGUAUGCAAGUAUGCACGUUAAGCCGUCUUUAGCACAAACAAAGCGUUGGAGGACUCAAUUUGCGCGUCCUGGCGUGGGCAUGUCAGCAAGUGUCCCCACAUUCGACACAUGCGCACUGACACGGCUGGGCUCUCGAUGCGCAUGAAUCUGGCCAAAUGUCAACACAUACACACUGACGGGACUCUCAAGCGCUGGUGCGCAUGAUUUCAUGUUUGACAAGGCUGCCGAUGCACGGUAUCCAUACAUGAAAUGGCGGAGAGCACCACUCUUGUAUUUAAUAAUGGGGUUGUAACCCUAAACAACAAGGUUUUGUCCGUGGGGCGGUGGGGGUGUCGGUCGUCCCCUCAAGGUAGGGGGGUCCCGGGGGAGUUCGGGGCAUGGGGUCUUUAUGGCACUUUAUUUGUUUCCUACCCCCCUGCCCCGGCCACUGGUCUGAGCGUCUGCGCCAAUUGAUGAGUUGAUCACGGCGUCCAAGAGUCCGUAAUGCGCGUGUGCCCUUGUAAUCUCACCAAGCG